AUUCUCUGCUUCUCUGUCUAAAAUCGAUACUCACUCCCUUCUCUUGGUUUUAUCUUUGCUCCCACUCAACGCCCUCUCUCCUCCUCCUCCUCCUAACGCCACCGACGCCCACAAUAUUCCACCUCUAAAACACUGACCCUUCUCUCUUUUUCUUUCUGUGCUCGAUUGCCGGCGUUAAUUUGCUGGUGAAUUCGAUACACCGUUAUCCAUGGAGGACAAAUAUCUGCAGCUUUUCUUGGAUGAGACCUCGCUUUAUAACGACAUUGUGCUGGGCCAUCUGCUGCCGUCCAGCUGGUGGGUCUCACUUCCUCGCUUCUUCCAGACGUGGCUUCGUAACUACAUUGCUGGAACCCUUCUCUACUUUAUCUCUGGGUUCCUCUGGAGCUUUUACAUUUAUUACUUGAAGCGCAACGUGUAUCUCCCUAAAGAUGCCAUCCCGACGACAAAAGCCAUACUUUUGCAAAUAUUUGUUGCUAUGAAGGCUAUGCCAUGGUACUGUGCUCUUCCAUCUGUUUCUGAGUACAUGAUUGAAAAUGGCUGGACAAAAUGUUUUGCUAGAGUAUCUGAUGUUGGUUGGUUUGCCUACAUCAUGUAUUUAAUUGCAUAUCUUGUUGUGGUGGAGUUUGGGAUUUAUUGGAUGCACAGAGAAUUGCAUGAUAUAAAACCUCUAUACAAGUAUCUUCAUGCAACCCAUCACAUCUAUAACAAGCAGAAUACUCUUUCUCCGUUUGCUGGAUUGGCAUUUCACCCGCUCGAUGGAAUACUGCAAGCAGUCCCACAUGUUAUAGCUCUCUUCAUCAUUCCUACACAUUUUAGGUCACACAUAGCUCUCUUAUUUCUUGAGGCCAUAUGGACAGCGAACAUUCAUGAUUGCAUCCAUGGUAAGCUAUGGCCUAUUAUGGGUGCCGGCUAUCACACUAUUCAUCAUACUACAUACCGGCAUAAUUAUGGCCAUUAUACUAUAUGGAUGGACUGGAUGCUAGGUACCCUUCGUGAUCCUGAAGAAGAUGCAUUUGAGAAGGUGAAGUGAUACACACCUGUAUGCCUUGACACAAUCAUUCGUACAUUGUUGGUACUUUGUUUUUUUUAGUACUUAUGAUAUAUGUGUCUUUUACAUGUAAAGGUUCUUGUUUUUAGAGAAGAACUAAUUGGGUGCUAGGGAAAUGCUCUAUCUGGAGUAGACCUAAGCCGCAUAAACCAUGUACUCAAUUUAAUGCAUUUGUAUUGUGUAAGUUGUGGGGCAUGUUUUAUGCGGAAUGUAUUUUCAAUUGAUGGAUGUUGGUAAUUAGCAAACCCAUCUUCUUCAAAAGAUGAACCCUAUUAGAUAAGUGGGAUUCAUACCAUGUGAUUUAUUCA